UAAGUUACACCGUAGUGAACUUUUACAAUUCAUCUCACACGAACGGCUUACCUGAAUUCGGAUUUCGCUAGUCGAUCGUUUUAAUGAUUAGUUAAUUUAAAUUAUUGUAUCGUAAAAUUAUUUAAAUUUUAUUUAGAGUAAAUUAGAUUUAAUUAACUUUGUAUGACGAGUAAACGACGCGAAGAUAUGGUCGAUUUAGAACAGCAAUUCAUUCUCAGGCUGCCAUUGACAGCGGCUGACAAUCUUAAAAAAGAUCUUCAGAUAGGAGGGAUGAGUUUGAAAGAUAAAUUGUCGCUAGAAAUUCACCCUGAAACAAGAAGAGGGAAGGUUGUCUACGACAGCCAGAUGUACAAUGCCAAGCUUGUCGACCUACCUUGUAUAGUUGAGUCGUACAAAACCACAGACAGAAAAACAUUCUACAAGUGUGCCGAUAUUAGCCAGAUGCUAAUGUGUAAGAACGACUUCACUGAUGACAGUCCAGAUGAAGAUAAUAAUAUUAACAACAACAGCAACGUCGAUUCGAGUAUUAAGAAGAAAGAAAAAGAUAAGAGGUUUCUAUGGAAUCAUGGAUUAUGCCCACCAUUGAAGAAUGUUCGCAAGAGAAGAUUUAGAAGAACUCUCCAGAAAAAACAUCCAGAACAGCCGGACAUAGAGCGAGAGCUGAGACGGCUGUUUAGCAUGGACGCCCAAGCUAUUGACGUGAAAUGGGAAAUUAUCUACGAGCAGGAGAAACCCGACAACGGCACCCACCACACUAAUAUCAGUAGUAACACACACAUCCCUAAUUCGUCCAAGGCCAACAAGCAUAACAAUAAUAAUAAUAAUAAUGCUGGGUCUAGUGGUGGUAAUAGAAAUAAAAAUAGUGAUGGUAAUAAUAAUAAUA